UGUACGAUUUUUGUGAAGUUCAUUUCUGAACAGACAGCAGAUCUUUGAUUCUCAUUGUGAUUCAUUUUUGAAAACAUCGUUUAGAAAGUGAGAGAAAAGUUUAGAUUGCUGGAGUGGAAAAAGUGGAAAUGGCUUCAGUAGCUGAAGAUGAUUGUAUUUGUCCUGUAUGUCAUGAAAUCUUCAAGGAACCUGUUCUUCUAUCCUGCAGUCACAGUGUCUGUAAAGAGUGUCUUCAACAGUUCUGGAGAACCAAGGACACUCAGGAGUGUCCUGUCUGCAAGAAAAGAUCCUCAAAAGAAGAUCCUCCAGUUAAUCUGGCGUUAAAAAACUUGUGUGAGUCGCUCCUGAAGGAGAGAAAUGAGAGACGUUCAUCUGAGGAGAUCUGCAGUUCACACAGUGAGAAACUCAAACUCUUCUGUCUGGAGGACAAACAGCCUGUGUGUGUAGUGUGCAGAGAUACAAAACAACACGACAAUCAUAAAUUCAGACCCAUCGGUGAAGUGGUUUCAUCAUAUAAGGAGAAGCUCAAUACAGCACUGAAGUCCUUACAGAAGAUAUUUCAACGCAAAGAAACAAUUAAAGGAGAGUUUGAGAAAACAGUUCAACACAUUAAGUCUCAAGCUGAGCACACAGAACGUCAGAUUAAACAGCAGUUUGAGAAGCUUCAUCAGUUUCUCAGAGAUGAAGAAGAAGCUACAAUCACUGCACUGAGGGAGGAAGAGGAGCAGAAGAAGCAGAUGAUGAAGGAGAAGCUGGAGGAGAUGAACAGACACAUCUCAGCUCUUUCACACACAAUCAAAGACAUGGAGGAGAUGAUGAAAGCCAGUGACGUCUGCUUUCUGAAGAAGUUUCCAGUCUCAAUGGAAAGAGUCCAGAGCUCACAGCCGGAUCCACAGAUGGCUUCUGGAGCUUUGAUUCAUGUGGCACACUACUUAGGCAACCUGCCGUUCAGAGUCUGGAAGAAGAUGGAGGACAUCGUCCAAAACACUCCUGUGAUUCUGGAUCCAAACACUGCAAAUCCACGUCUCGUCCUGUCUGAUGAUCUGACCAGUGUGAGAAACAGCUGGAACAAACAACCUCUUCCUAAUAAUCCAGAGAGAUUUGACGAGUGUCUCUGUGUUCUGGGUUCAGAGGGGUUUAACUCAGGAACACACUGCUGGGAUGUGGAGGUUAAAGAGAGUUUUUUCUGGUUUCUUGGAGUAAUUACACCAUCAAAAAAAAGGAAGGGACGUAUUUUCAUUGACGCUGAUAUCUGGAGUGUGUCGUGCAAUCAGUGUGGUCAGGAUGUUGAUCGUGUGAGAGUGAAUCUGGACUAUGACGGAGGAAUGGUGUCAUUCUCUGAUCCUGUAACUAACACACAUCUACACACACUCACAACCACCUUCUCUGACACACUCUUUCCAUUCAUCUGGUGUCCUGACGUGUGUCUGAGGAUCUUGCCGUUCGAUAGUCAGUAAACGUUACUGGGAGCCAUGAAUGUGUUUUGUAUGCUGGCAUGAAGCAUGUCACCAUUAUUGUGUUUCAUAUGCUGAAUGUUGAUGUAUAAAUGGCAAAAAAACAUGCUUUGAACAGAAAGUUUAUAACAACAUUGUUAUUUAUACACUCACAGAUGUUAACAUUCAGCAUCUGAAAUGCAACAAUGGUGUUACAAAUGAUCUUAUAACAUCGGUUGAGUUUAAUACUUCUUUUUAAUAAUGCUUCCAUAACUUAGCAAAACUACAGAAAAAGCAGUUUAAACCACUUUAAUGCAGUCAUUUGACCAUUAAAGCAGACAUGUUGAUCUCCUUUAUCAAUGCAGAAAUGUUUUCUGAAAAAUAAAUAAAUUAAGAAGUCAAGAGCCCAACUAAAGCAAACACUGAUCAACAUGAUGGUGACCUCAAAUAAAAAAAGACAUCAACAUCUAAACAUCUAAUUCUAAAUAAGAGUUUCCGUAGAUGUCUGACAGAAAAAAAGUAAAUCUGGUUACUAAUUUGGCUAUUGUUUUGUUUGACGUUUGUGUGCGUGUUUGUCCUCGGGUUUCAUGAUCGGGACGGACCCAACGUUCUUCCAAGCAAGUUCAAUUAUUCUUAACACAGCUCACAGCACAGGAAAAUCUGAUAAGAUAAUCUGUAGGACCAUCAAGAUAAUCAGGACUUUACCUAGGAUUGUCAGAAGGGGAGAAAUCAGACCAAAAAUUGGCCUGAAUAUCUUGUAGUGUGUGGUGGGCAUUAUCUACAGUAAUAUUAAAAAUAAAAAUAUAAACAACAGUGCUGAUAUGAUACUGACACUAACUUUUAGAUUGAUAUUUAAUUUAUUUUACUAAAAACUUUUCAGUUAUUAAGAUCCAGUCACACUAGACGUUUCUUUCUACUGCCUUUCAUUCAUACGCGUGCGAAUGUAGGACACUGGAAACACAAGCUGUCUAUAUAUAUGUGCACAAACAAUAAAUUACAUGAAAUCCAUCUGGAAAUCUCAAAUAGACUUUUAAUCUCCUUUAAAACAAGAUUUGAUCAAGUGGUGUUCACCAGAUGUCGUAUGGGUCAUACAUGAUUGACUCAUGCACUUUUGCUUAACUCUAUGUACGUUCUGCAAGACUCCCCUUUGCAUUAAACA